AUGCCAACCGCCCGCAAGCGCUCCGCGCAGGAGCUCGACGCCAACAGUGCGCAGCAGCCCGAGCAGCCAUCCAUACUGCAACGCCUUCGUAAUAUGUGGCAGUUCGCCAAUCUAUACCAGUUCAUCCUGCUCUUCGGAUCGGCGCUGAAGUUGGAUGACAACAUGGACAUUGAGGAUUUUGAGGCCGAAUGUCUCAAGCCAGGUUCCAUGAAGUUACAGGAUAUCGGCCUUGGCCUGCUCAAGUUUCUCUCAUCGCACCGGGGCCUUACGUAUGUUCCCAAGUCCUUUUCCGGACUGCUCCCGGUUGCCCCGUCUCCGAGCACAUCGCUUACUUGCCGCAGUCACGAGUUGUUUGAUGAGUAUACCAGACGACAGUUCCUGGCGAAGGCACCCGAAAAAAAUCCAUUCGGAACUGAAGAAACUCCUCUCAGGUUUGCCGAUUUCGAUGUCUUUAAGAAGAUCCGUGUCCUGCAACAAAUGACGCAAUUGGUCAUGAUGCAUCCAGAGCGCCUUCGGGAGAAAACACAAGAACAGAAGGACACCGAGCAGACAAAUUGGCGAAUCGAACCAUAUGGCUGGGAUAGACAUGACCGCACCUACUAUGUGCUUGAUGAUAACCGCCUGUACCGUCUGACGGAAGCGCCGCCCCCGCCUCCAAAGCCGAAAAAGAACACCAAGAAGGCGAGGGCAGCCCUGCGCACGAGCAAACGGAGACGCACGGAAUCUGGGGCUGUCAGCGAAGCUGAUGAUGCUGGUGAUGAGGCUUCGGAGGCCGGUGCACCUGCUGCGCCUGAAGAUGAUGGUCUCGGGGGCAUGAAAUGGGAAUGUCUAGCUGUCAAUCUGGCCGAGGUUCGCCAGUUCUUGUCUACCAUUGAGAAGACCAAGGAUCCCAACGAGAAGAUCCUGCGCGAUCAAAUACAGCAACACUUGGUUCCCAUCCUCGAAAAACAGGAAGAAUCGAAGAAGAGGAAGCAGCUCCAGAAAGAAAAAGAACUGCUCGCGCUGGAGAAGUUGGCAAAUGCAAAGAGAUCGAGCCGCAUUGCUAGCAAGCUAGAGCAGAAGAGGCUAGAGGAACAAGCCAGGGAAGAAGAACGUAAAAGACGAGAAGAGGAGGAAGCCAGGAGGAAAGCCGAGCUUCAGCGGCUGAAAAUGGAGCGCGAGAGGGACAAGCGCAUCAUGGCCCGGGAGAUGCGACUCAGGGAGCGAGAAGCUCGCCGUCGGCUACACGAGGAGGAGUUGGCUCAGUUGUCUGAGGAUGGCAAGGCAGCGAGCAGUGCAUCAGGCCGCAUGUCGGAGCGGCGGCGGCUCGCAGAAAUUGAAAGAGCCAAGAAGGCCCUGGAACAGCUUGAGCAGGAAGAAGAGGACUGGAUUUUUGACUGCAUAUGCGGCGUCUACGGCCGGGUCGACGACGGAACUCACAGCGUGGCCUGCGAACGAUGCAACACCUGGCAACACAGCAAGUGUCUUGGCAUCAAGGAGGAAGAAGCAGAGAGAGAAGAUUUCCACUUCAUCUGCAGCACGUGCCGCCGGCGGGAAGAACAAAAAAGAAACCAGCUACGCCCGCGAAUUAUUAAGCUCAAGGUCCAUCGAGACCAUGAUCCGGCUGAGCCAGUGGCAAAGGAAGCGGACAAAGAUGCCACCGAACUUCAAGGAUCCCACACGAAAGUGGUGGGCGAACUUCAGUCGAAGCAUCCCGACGACUUCCACGAGUCUUCUGUAUCUCGUACUGAGCAGUACAUGCCACGUCCGUCAACACAGGAACAAGGAACCGCCGUACCCGAUACUCAGCGUUCCGCUCCCGACUCUUCGUCCAUGCAACCAUCAGCGGCUAAACAGACAGGCAAUCCAUUUGCGUCUCUCUAUCCGAGCCUUCUGCCCCCCGAUCGACAGUUAAUUAGGUCUAGCGCGGUCCCCUUGACGAACAACGAGUCUGCAUCCAGACUGGUCAGCAACAAUCAAUAUCUGGGAUUGGUCGGCGACGAGGCGAAGUCGACUGGCAGUGCUCUUUCUCUGGGCGUCGAAGGCGGGAGUGGCAUCUCGCCAUCAAAGCAGCCCUCUCCUCUUUUCCCAUCUCCAACAAAGCCAGCCCUACCAGGUCUCGCGUCCUCGACCGGCACAGUACCCACUGGCUCUGCAACUAUCGGCGGCACCAUAUCUAUCAAGACGCCUCUCCCCCAGCUCGCCCCAGUUCCCCAGCCGCGUGACGCAAGUCCAGAGUCUGGCUCAUCGCCACUCCCGCCCUCGAGUGCGGGCUUGUCGCCGGUUAAGCAGUCUCCUCCUCAGCAUCAAGCCAACGGGACUUCCGCCAACUCGGCGAUAGGCACCCACCAUCCAACUGCCUCGGUGUUUCCGCCUGUCGCGGCUCUCUCGCCCUCUCCACGGCAGCAGAUCCUGACGCCUCCUGUCAAGCCUGCUGAGCCUGUCAGACUGCCACCUCCGCAACUGUCACAAAACAUGCCUACCCCAAGGCUCGUGCCGUCUCCCCCUUCACAGCAGUGA